AAACACAAGCCUUUUAUCUUCUUCACCAGCUAUAAUAGCUAGUAAUACAUUGGUACACUAGUUGGUAUUUUCAUAUACAUACACCAAAUUUCUUAGUAAAAAUACUAUAUUUUUCCGGCGAAAAUGGUCACCGUCGAGGAGGUACGAAAGGCACAACGUGCACAAGGUCCGGCCACCAUCAUGGCCAUUGGCACAGCCACUCCUUCGAAUUGUGUUGAUCAAAGCACCUAUCCUGAUUAUUAUUUUCGAGUCACGAAUAGUGAGCAUAUGACCGAGCUUAAGGAGAAAUUUAAGCGCAUGUGUGACAAAUCUAUGAUUAAGAAGAGGUACAUGCACUUAACUGAAGAAAUCCUAAAAGAAAACCCCAAUAUUUGUGAAUACAUGGCUCCUUCUAUUGAUGCUAGGCAAGACAUAGUGGUGGUUGAAGUGCCAAAACUUGGCAAAGAAGCAGCCCAAAAGGCCAUCAAAGAAUGGGGCCAGCCCAAGUCCAAGAUUACCCAUUUGGUAUUUUGCACCACUAGUGGGGUGGACAUGCCCGGGGCCGACUACCAGCUCACUAAGCUUCUUGGGCUUCGACCCUCGGUUAAGCGGUUCAUGAUGUACCAACAAGGUUGUUUUGCUGGUGGUACUGUUAUCAGAUUAGCCAAGGACUUAGCCGAAAACAACAAGGGUGCUCGAGUCCUUGUUGUUUGCUCAGAGAUCACUGCAGUUACUUUUCGUGGCCCAAGUGACACUCACUUGGAUAGUAUGGUUGGACAAGCCUUAUUUGGGGAUGGGGCAGGCGCACUUAUUGUAGGUUCUGAUCCAUUACCAGAGGUUGAAAGGCCUUUGUUUGAGCUUGUCUCAGCAGCCCAAACUCUGCUCCCUGACAGCGAAGGUGCUAUCGAUGGGCACCUUCGUGAAGUUGGGCUAACAUUUCACUUACUCAAAGAUGUUCCUGGAUUGAUCUCAAAGAACAUUGAGAAGAGCUUGAUGGAAGCAUUCCAACCAUUGGGCAUUUCUGAUUGGAACUCUCUCUUUUGGAUUGCUCACCCAGGUGGGCCGGCAAUUCUGGACCAAGUUGAACUAAAGUUGGCCUUAAAGCCUGAAAAACUUCGAGCUACAAGGCAAGUCUUGAGUGACUAUGGAAAUAUGUCUAGUGCUUGUGUUUUGUUCAUUUUGGAUGAAAUGAGGAAGGCCUCAGCCAAAGAAGGGCUUGGUAGCACUGGUGAAGGCCUUGAUUGGGGUGUACUCUUUGGAUUUGGGCCUGGGCUAACAGUUGAGACUGUUGUGCUCCAUAGCGUCUCUACUUAGUAUGCUGGGUAUUGAUUUAUAUUGUGGGGGUGAUCGAAGUAUUAAAUUGAUUUUCUAUGUAAUCUUAAAUUUCUUUUAUAUAUUGUACUAUGUAUUUGCUUUGUUUUCAAUUGAACUUUGCAAGUAAUGUUAUUUGUAAUGCAUAUUAUGUAUAAAAAGAAGUCCAUUUCUCCCUCU